AACUUCCGGUUCUCCCGGCAGCUGCAGCAGCUGCCGCCUGUGCCACCUGCUGCGGCGGGCCUUAGCCCGGGAUUUGGUCACCCUUUCUUCGUUCUUCGCUGCUCCCAUGGUCCCACCUGGAGCCAGGGCGGUGGGCCCCGAAGCUCCCACGUGGUGAGAGGGCGGUCCGGGGACGAUGAAGGCAACGCACUAUCGCUGCUGCCUCAGCCACCUCCUCGCCUCCGCCCUCCUGCUGUUGCUACUACUGCCAGAGUUGAGAGGGCCUUUGGCGGUGCUGCUGCAGGCGGCUGAGGCCGCGCCGGAUCCCGGGCCUCCAGACCGUGGGCCGAGGACCCUGCAACCUCUGCCACCUGGCCCCACAGCUCCCCAGUCCCCAGGCCGCGCUCAGGCCGAAGCCACAGGACCGCGGGGCGCAGAGGGCGGCAAUGGCAGCUUUCCUGGGGCGGAGCUUGCUGCCGACCCGGGCGGGAAGGCGGGGGAAGAAGGCUCAGUGGGUGGCGUCCUUGCAGUGAGCCCUAACCCCAGCGACAAGCCCAUGACCCAGCGGGCCCUGACCGUGUUGAUGGUGGUGAGUGGUGCGGUGCUGGUGUACUUCGUCGUCAGGACGGUCAGAAUGAGAAGAAGAAACCGAAAGACUAGGAGAUAUGGAGUUCUGGACACUAACAUAGAAAACAUGGAAUUGACACCUUUAGAACAAGAUGAUGAGGAUGAUGAUAACACACUGUUUGAUGCCAAUCAUCCUCGAAGAUAAGAAUGUGCCUUUUGAUGAGAGAACUUCAUCUUUCUACAAUGAAGAGCAGAAUUUCUACAUUUAAGGAAUAAGAAGCCACUUUAUCAAUGGGGGGGUAUUUAAGUUACAUAUAUUAUGAUAACCUUAAUUUGUUGUUGCAAUAAAUACUCUAUCAUUUUGUUA